AUGAGUUUGGUGGAGAUCAGACAGGCUGUUGGGUCCAUGACCCUGUCCCUAUCCAGCACAGACUCCAAGGAGAGGUACUUUGACCGGGUGGAUGAGAGCGACCCUGAGUACCUCCGCAGCAGGAACAUGUCACCUGAAAUACGGCAGGACUUCAACAUGAUGGAGCAGAAGAAGAGGGUCACUCAGAUUCUACAGAGUCCAGUAUGUCACUUGUUCUAUAUGUCUAUGUUGAUGUGUGUUCACAGUAAUGUCACUUUCAUUAUCUGGUUGUAGACCAUCAAAUGGCCUGAAAAGUUUUGCUCUUCGAGAUCCAGGCCUAUGUCAUUGGCUCUUGUAGAGACUCUAUACCAUUGAUGUUUUCAUUCUGAUGGCAAAACAUUUAAUCAACCGGCACAAUGUUUGUACAGUGUUAAUCUUUGUUGCAAUGCAGUAAAAUGUGCUACUGUCAGAGGAAGCAAUAUUAAAUAUUAACCAGUCCAAAAAUACAUUUAAGCUUUAUAAUACAUUCCCCGACCAAGUUCACAGCUUAGCAUUAUUAAAGGUCCAAUGCAGCCGUUUUUAUUUAAAUAUCAAAUCAUUUCUGGGUAACAGUUAAGUACCUUACCGUGAUUGUUUUCAAUUAAAAUGGUCAGAAAGCAACAAAAAAUUGCUUCUUAGCAAAGAGCUAUUUUCUCAAGCAAGAAUUUUGCUAGGACUGUCGGGGAGUGGUCUGAGUGGGGAGGAGAAGAAUGAAAACUAGCUGUUAUUGGCAGAGAGGUUUGGAACCAUAGAAAUAAAAUGAAAAUAAUGGGCUUAGAACCUCUAACCCUGGCAUUUUGUGGGGGAAACAACCUGUGGUUACCUAGGUUACCCCAUUGGCUCACAGCAAAAAACUUGACCUGCUUGUGUUAGUCAAUUACAAAACUACAUUUAAGAAAAGUACAACAUGUCCAAAGAUUACUUUUCAACAUUGCCUGCUCUCGAGCGUUCUCACUACUUAGAAUAACGUAAUAUUGUAGGGCUUCCUUCAUGGCGGUGCUAGCAGCCAUGUGAGUGCUAGCUAGCUAGCCAACACAAACAAACUGACUAUACAUCUACAAGUGAGUGGAGUUACAAACAGACUAUACUAAACAAGUUAAAUGUCUUACCUGUGAGGAAAUGUUUUCCACACACAUAGCUACGUGUAGCCUACUUGGACACCGGGUCCUCACAUUUUCCACUCUUCCAUGCCGAAUAGCCCUGAAGCCACUGGGCUCUUCUCGCAGGCUCCAUUUCCCUACAUGAGAGCAUUGCGAACCUUAGAUCAGGAUUUUUUACCUGGUUACAUGUACAUUGAACAAGACAGCAGUUUUUCGGCAUGUUUUGUUAUUUCUGUAUAACAAAAAAUCUACGACGAAGUUGUCUCUUUUACAAUGGGGGUCAAUAGGGUUUUUGGGGGGUUUUCCCCAAUUUGUGGUCGUGGUCGAUGGGGAAUUAGUAAUUAUCACGUGAAUAUCAACUGAGUAUGGCUGCCUGGUAUUGUGAUGCAAUAAAUUCCAUGGUAAUGUGGACUUUUCAUUCAAACUGAUGUGGCUCAUGUAAUGGAAUGUAUUUUUUGUAAUGUCAGUUGAGCUGAUUCAACAAAUCACAGAACAGAUUUAUGGGUUCAGUUCCUGCUUUGCUCCAAUGGGUACACUUGCAAUGGCCGCCAGUCCACCCAUUAUACCAUCAAUGACUUGAAUGGGGACGCCCGUUCUAUUCAAUCUAUUUCUAUGUUUCUUAUUGGGCUACUAAUUUACAACCUGGUGAUGUCACCAGGCAGGCCAAAACGCCAUCCCACCAAAACAGGCUGAAAUUUCAGGUCGGUCUUUUUAAACAGCUCUUACACUAAAAGGGCAUUAUCCUCCUUUUCACAAUUUCACAGUAUUAUUUCAACGUCAUAGUGUGGAAAUAUAUAUAUAUAUAUAUAUAUAUAUAUAUAUAUAAAACACAGGACAAUCACAUUUCUGACUGCACUGGGCCUUUAAUUAAAAAAAUGGAGAGACAACAACAUGUAGGCAUGAACAGAAAAGGUAUUGGCAUCCACUGUAUGUAUGCCUAUUUGAUUCAAACCCUUGAGUAUAAGCAGAAAAUGUUGCCUACAUGCGCCCAUGUUAAAUGCAUCAUAUAUGCCAUUGUGAAUCAGAGGGACAGAUUAUCACGCAGUAAAAUGUGGUUAGAGAUGCUGCUAGGAGCUGCAACAAACACAUGCCCAUAAAAAAUGAGAUGAGCCCACGCUCAUCUGUGAUUGCAUAACAGACCCCAACAAGUGGAACUUAGCUCAUCACCAUGGGAACCGCUUUGAGAUGGUGCGGAAUGUUGGCUUUCCACCAAAGAGGCUUGCAGAAUAGUCGUAUUUUUUGGGGAAGGAUACCCAAGAUUCACAACGACACUCUGUGAGCAUAAAUUAAUAGGCUGGCUUAAUGGGAGGGCUACCUCCCAGUCACCACUAUUCACAUGGACAUAAAGAGGGGUUUAGAAACCUCUAAUGUGAUUUGUGUAAACUUGUAAUAAGGAGGGCCUCGUUAGGCCUGAAAGUACACUGUGCACCCUGUCCUAAUGUGAACGGCUGAAUAGACAUGGAAUUGGGUCAAGGUGAAAAGUAUUGCAUAAAUACACAUAGAACAUCCCAGCAGUUGAAUUAUUUAUUUCUCUAUGUAAUUUAGCCUAACAGGGUAGAAAUGUAUGAGUGGGACAUACAGACUAACAACAUGAAACAUGGACAAAUAGAUAAAACUGAGUGUUUAUAUUUAUUUAGCUUUGCACCAUAGUUUCCCACCAAAUAAAGUAUAACACUUCCUGAAUGUGGGGUCAUUGAAGGAAGGGGUUGUUUUCUUAAAUGGAGAAUAACAACAAACUAACAGGGUGGAAAGUGGUAUCAGGGACACACAGAACAUCUUAAAUAAAAUAAUAAUAAAUACAAUAAUCAUGAAAAAAAAUUAUUGAUGAAAGAGACUUUAACUAGGACUAUAAAAUAAUGAAGAAAGAUUGUAAUUAUUUUAUGGCUUUUUUCUUGUGGAAGUUGAUAAAUAACGCCUACAUCCACUGACAAAAAGUGUUUAAAAUGCAUAAAAUUCCCUUUCAGGAUCCAUAUUUCGGUGUUUUUAAGAUAAAGGACACCUGACCUUAUUUAAAGCCGUUUGAAAUCCACAUUUUACACUAAAUAAGAAAUAAUAUUUUCUAGGGACAGAAAAGGCACCGCAAAGUAGGAAUGACCCAGCUAACGUCCUUUCCUCAUCUCAUUUCCUUUGUGACCAGUGACCACUAUCCUGGAGUGGUAAGCAUUGAUAGAUGUAAGCCAGUGGUCAUUGGGACUAUUUUCACUGAGUCAUGGGUUCCAAGGGGUGUCAUUUUAAUAUGUCACUUUGGUUUCCAGGUGUUUAAGGAUGAGCUGGAAGGACUGAUCCAGGAUCAGAUGACGAAGGGCAAUAAUCCAACAGGGCUGCUGGCUCUGAGGCAGAUAGCUGAUCUGAUCAUGGCCAGUUCUAUGGGAGGGACAGGCUCCUUCACAUCUCCUCUCAGUAAGUAGCUGUGUGCGUGUGAGAGAGUGCAUGUGGGUCUUUCAGUGAUGCAUCCUGAUUCUCUCUGCAUUGUCAACGUUUAGGGACACAGAAUUCACAAAAACGUGUGACAUUGAGAGCCCUUAUGCAGCAAAACUCUGCUCAAUUACUUGUUGACAACAUUCCAAAUUCCGAAUGUUUCUAAGUCGGCCACAUGUUCCCGACUUUAUUAUGAUUGACAGCUGUCUAGAGCGUCAAUUAUGUUGCCCUCUGUCUUUCAAUGGAGGUCACUAUGAACCCCAGGGCUAAAAAGUUCAAUUUUAAAAACACUAGGAAUGUUUACUAAAACUGUUAGGAAAUGUAAACAUAACCGUGGUCUCCUAUGGCUUUGAGGUAGUGGAGGGACUGUCUCUUUAUAAAUCAACAGUCCCUCCUAAAGUGCUUGUAAAAGGAUAGGGUUCCGGUUUGUCCAAUGCCCUUAUACAGUAGGAAAAAUAUAUACUACUCAGAGCUCUUAUGAGAAGUUCUGAGAACAGCCGCUUUUAUGAUCCAAAAGUUAAGCAAGGGAUGCUGAGAUGAAGUGAGUUUAUGAGAAAUAAAAUUUUUAUAGCAAUCAUUUGAGCUAAAUGUUGUUAGAGGAACUUGCAAGAGAGAGGCAGAACCCGUUAAGAGCUGCUCAAGUUGAACAAGUAAGCAUAGAUGUUGCUUGUAAGCUUAAACCAAAGAGAAAGCAAAUUCCGUUGACCAUGUCAUAAUGCAACUUGAACAUGAAGAAAGUUAUUGUUUCAUGAACAUUCAUAAAUGUUCUAACUCUGGAGUAGUAUGAAUGGUUUAGCUUGUUUAGACACACAAAGAAGGCUGUAAUUUGUGGUGCUUGUCACGAAGGCUGUAGGGUGUUAGUGACUAUGCUCUCGUCUCAUCAGUUCACCAUGAAUGCAUGUGUUUUCUCUCCAGGCCUAGGGAUGGUCACCCCGGUCAAUGACCUCUAUGGGGUAGAGUCUCCAUCCUUUACCAAAGGGGAGAAACAGUGUCGCUGUAAGCUAGCCAGUGUCUACAGACUGGUGGACCUCUUCAGCUGGGCCCAUUUCACCAGCUCAUACAUUACUGUGAGUAUUACCCUCAUAAAAAAACCUUAUUAGACCUCUCUACUUACAUGUAAAAGCAACUUAAUGUAGCAUUAUAAGCACAGUAUGAAUUGUGAUUACUGUAGGCAUGUCAAAACGACAUAUGGAGUUCUCAGUCACCCAAUACGCAUUCUGUUUUUGCAAUUUUCAACCAUUGUUGAAAUGCAAAUAAAUAGUGUAGACAUUUCUAUCUUGAGAAUAGUCUACAUCCUGUACCGGUUUACUGUAUGUAGCUGGUACAAUGUUGCUCUUGGCAAUGCCUUUUGACACUUUGCUUUUUUACAUUUUCCUUUUCCUUGUACAGGUCCGGGUUAGCAAAGAACAAGACCAUGUUCUUAUCAUCCCACAAGGACUCUCUUUCACUGAAGUGACAGCUGGCAAUCUGGUAGGUAUAAUGGUGCAUGCAUUUUCAUAUUCCAGAUUGCUUAGAACUACCAUAGAAAAUAACAGUUUGUGCUUUUCUCCAGUGGGUGAACAACACUAUCAUUAUCAACAGUAUCAAAACAACCCCAUUGAGAUGUGUGAAUCAUGCAGAAUAUGUGUUCAGACUAUUGACGUGGCCACAUAAUCAAUAACCAGCCACCCAGACAGCCUCUGGGUGUGCUGAGACACGCCUUACUCUAUUUCACCAAGGGGUCAAGGAGAAAUGACAAUUGUGUUGAUUGGAUGUUUUUCAGCUUGUUGUCAGCAUGUAGUUGCCUAUAGUUACAGUAGUGAUGGAGCGCUAAGUCCCAAUAGAAUGAUAACUAGAUUACUUGUAAUCCUCUUGCAAUAUCAUCAUAAUAACAACUGAAUACAGUUAAACUAAUAAUUCAAAUAAGAAAACCAACAGUGGAAUAAUUAAUCUAUUUUAAUAGUGCAGCAAUAUUGUAGCACAGUGAGUUGGAACAAUGCCCAAUACAGUUGUGCGACUUUGCAUCCGACUCAGUAUCUGGCUGCCAUGGUAGCCCUACUGAUAUUGUGUCCUGGUCUGUUUCCAGGUGAAAGUGAACAUGAUUGGUGACGUUGUCGACCAGGGAUCCACCUACCUGGAGGUGGAUCACUUUGGCUUCAGCCCUCACUCUGCUAUCUAUUCCAUGCGCCCUGAUAUCAGGUGUAUCAUACACAUCCACACCUCUGCCACUGCUGCUGUGAGUACACUCUCAACUAAAGCUCAAUGAGUGGCCAUGUCACCUGGCCAUGAUACUCAAUGACUGAAUUAAGCAAUAAGGCCCGAGGGGGUGUGGUAUAUGGCCAAUAUACCACGGCUAAGGGCUGUUCUUAAGCACGACGCAACGCGGAGUGCCUGGACACAGCCUUUAGCCGUGGUAUAUUGGCCAUAUAUCACAAACCCUGAGGUGCCUUAUUGCUAUUAUAAACUGGUUACCAACAUAAUUAGAGCAGUAAAAAUAAAUAGUUUGUCAUACCCAUGGUAUACGGUCUGAUAUACCACGGCUGUCAGACUAUCAGCAUUCAGGGCUCGAACAACCCAGUUUAUUAUUAAGAGUAACCUCUGGAAGUGUAUUUACCUCAUCUUGGUUUCAUUAUUGUUUUUACAGUAAGUACACCUAAUGUACUGGUACUGUUGCCUUUUGCGGUCGUCUCUUAUAGUUCAUGCUAUUUGUCUGAUGUUUUACUAGCCGAAAAUAACAUAAAAGGUGCCUUUAGGUAGUUGUUGUUGACACAGCAUAGUCACGGUUGCUUUUAUCCUGAAUUCACAGGUGUCCUCGAUGAAAUGUGGCAUCCUGCCCAUUUCCCAAGAGGCUCUGGUUCUGGGCGAUGUUGCCUAUUUCAGUUACCAAGGCUUUUUGGAUGAUCAAGACGAGAAGGUGGAGUUCCAGAAAGCCCUAGGGCCCUCUGCCAAGGUGACAAUGGGUUUCCUUAACAACACCAACAGGCUCACUGUAGUGUGUGCCAUACAUAGAAAUAGAACACACAGAAUUGCAUCACCGUCGAGAUUAGACUGCCUGCCAUUUAAUCAAACUGUUUUGUUGCUGUAGUAAUUGGUGUUUUUACACAGGUAUAAGAGCAUUUGAAAUGUAAUGUGUUACCGGAAGUUGUUUUCACUAGCAAUUUUUUUUUGCCUUUCAUGUAUUUGUAUUUACUUAUUAAUUUCACCUUUUUAACUUGUUGUUAUCCCACGAUUCAUCUUUUUGCAGGUGCUUGUUCUGAGGAACCAUGGCCUGGUUGCUCUGGGGGAGACUAUAGAGGAAGCUUUCCACUACAUUUACCACUCACAGCAGGCUUGUGAAAUCCAGGUAACACUUUAAUUCAUCAGCCACACUUGUUCUACCACAUCAUUGUAUAGGUCAUGGAAUUGUUAGAUCACUGCUAUUUCUGUGUUCUUACCAGGUAAAUAGGAUGUGGGCGAGGGCGUCUUGCAAUCCAAGAUACUGUAUAUGUGUGUUAUUUUGCUUCACUUAACCUGUGUGGUCUAAACACAUCAGUAUGUAUUAAAUUAAUAACUACUUGUACACUAUAUGACCAAAAGUAUGUGGACACAUGCUCGUCGAACAUCUCAUUCCAAAAUCAUGGGCAUUAAUAUGGAGUUGGUCCCCCCUUUGCUGUUAUAACAGCCUCCACUCUUCUGGGAAGGCUUUCCACUAGAUGUUGGAACAUUGCUGCGGGGACUUACAUUUAAAUUUUAUGUCAUUUAGCAGACGCUCUUAUCCACUUGCUUCCAUUCAGCCACAAGAGCAUUAGUGAGAUCGGGCACUGAUGUUGGGUGAUUAGGCCUGGCUCGCAGUCGGCCUUCCAAUUCAUCCCCAAGGUGUUUGAUGGGGUUGAGGUCAGGGCUCUGUGCAGGCCAGUCAAGUUCUUCCACACAGAUCUCGACAAACCAUUUCUGUAUGGACCUCACUUUGUGCACGGGGGCAUUGUCAUGCUGAAACAGGAAAGGGCCUUCUCCAAACUGUGCCACAAAGUUGGAAGCACAGAAUCAUCUAGAAUGUCAUUGUAUGCUGUAGCGUUAAGAUCUCCCUUCACUGGAACUAAGGGGCCUAGGCCGAACCAUGAAAAACAGCCCAAGACCAUUAUUCCUCCUCCACCAAACUUGACUGUUGGCACUAUGCAUUCGGGCAGGUCGCGUUCUCCUGGUAUCCGCCAAACCCAGAUUUGUCCGUCGGACUGCUAGAUGGUAAAGUGUGACUCAUCCAGAGUCCAAUGCCGGCAAGCUUUACACCACUCCAGCCGACGCUUGGCAUUGCGCAUGGUGAUCUUAGGCUUGUGUGUGGCUGCUCAGUCAUGGAAACCCAUUUCAUGAAGCUCUCGACAAACAGUUCUUGUGCUGACGUUGCUUCCAGAGGCAGUUUGCAACCAAGGACAGACCAUUUUUACGCGCUUCAGCACUUGACGGUCCAGUUCUGCGAGCUUGUGUGGCCUACUACUUCGCGGCUGAGCCAUUGUUCCUCCUAGAUGUUUCCACUUCACAAUAACAGCAUUUACAGUUGACGGGGGCAGCUCGAGCAGGGCAGAUAUUUGACGAACUGACUUGUUGGAAAGGUGGCUUCCUAUGACGGUGCCACGUUGAAAGUCACUGAGCUCUUCAGUAAGGCCAUUCUACUGUCAAUGUUUGUCUAUGGAGAUUGCAUGGCUGUGUGCUCAAUUUUAUACACCUGUCCGCAACGGGUGUGGCUAAAAUAGCUGAAUCCACUAAUUUGAAGGGGUGUCCACAUACUUUUGUAUAUAUAGUGUAUAUAUAAAUCCCAGGUUUAUACUUGUAGAAUGGUUUCCCCCCUGGUUUUGGACAGGAAUCAAACUUGGUGUUGGUUGUUUUCCAAUUGAAUGGUGUAACAUUCUCUGCGUGAGAGAAAAAUGAGUGAUAAGUCAAACAUCUGUUAAAACAAAGCUAAAUCAAGUACUCUAUGUGUGAUUUGAAACCACUGUUCUCAAAGAGCACCAGGUGGAGUUUAGUGUUCUAGGACUUGGUUGAGUCUGAUAGUAGCUCAUAGCUCUAUGUGGAGCAGACAGAUAGUAUUCUCUUAUCAUCAUAUGUGUCUGGGAUAGUGUUGGUUUUUCCAUUGAGCAGGUCAUUCCAUGUGUGGUCAGUCUGGGAUUCCUGUGUUUGCUUCACUAGACUCUACUGAUUCCUUGUGACACACAUUUUUACCUCAUAUUUUCAAUAUAAUAGCUACAGAUGUCGGAUCUUAAUUUGAUUACUCUGUUGCAGGAUAACUUUCCUGCAUUGCAGGAAAUGUAAAACUUGGAGUGUAGUUGAGGUUUAAAAAGGCUUCUGAAGUUUGUAAUUUCCACUUUGAAAUUUGAAUUGAUUUACCCAUACAAAAAAAUUUAUCAGCCCCUACAAAGAUGUCCAUAAAUUAUAAUCCACAUAAUAAUUCACAUUUCCUGUUGUUGCAGGAUAACUUUUCCUGCUGUAGCAAACUGACUCAAAUUAAGAUCCUACAUCUGUAGUUUUAGACUUUACUCAUUAUUCGCCAGACCUGGUCUUUUCACAUGGUCAGAACAAACUCCUGGUCUUAAGUAUGAUAUGUGUUUUUGAUGUGGUCUUUCAGGUCAGUGCUCUGCAGUGCUCUGCAGGAGUGGAGAACCUGGUGCUCCUGGAUAGGGAGAGGUUCAAGCCCCUGACCCACGGAGUGGCUGCUGCUGGGGUCACCGUGGACAGCGAGGUCAAGUGGAAAGUGGGCGAGGCAGAGUUCGAGUCACUCAUGAGGAUGCUGGACAACCUGGUAAGUGACCUCACUAUUUUAUCUGACUUUUCCCACAAUGCUUUGCGUUUCCUCUCCCAUGCACAUCCUGAGGAUGUGUGGGAAUACAUUGACAUCAUAAUCCCAACCAGAAAGUUGUGUUUUUAACUCAAACAUGGGAGAUCAUGGAUGCCAGCUGUAGCUCCUUGAACUAAUGCACGAUUAUUGUCCCAGUAUAACCUAUUAAAGAGUGCCACGCAGUUAGGUGUUUAUCAAAGAUGAGCAUCUAAUCUUAGCCUUUGGCUAGCUGACUGUUUGUUAAUGCUGGGUCUGUUUAGCAUCCCCUGUAGAUAACGGUGUGAUGUUCAGAGGGCUUCUCCCCUUUAAACACUACUAUCUCAACAACACUACUAAUGAUAAGGGACAGACACAUUCUCUGGGCACAGCAGACCCUACUCCGAGAAAGCCUCUAUUGAAACUACUAAUGACAUGCCACUUCCUGGGUAGGCUACAGCUGUGUUAGCUUGUACAGCUCUGUGUCAUCAUAGCCCGCCUCCCCAUCAUGGAUUCCAGAUGGCAGGCCAUGCUGUGUGGAGUUAAGAGCACAGACCACACAAUCCUUCAGAGUCGAUUGACUGGAAAACUCAACACACUCCCUGGGUUCCACUCAACAUGGUUGAGUUUGGGGUUUGCGGUCCCCCACCCCCCUUAUCUUUGAUGUGUUCCACACAACAGUUCCCCUGCCAACUGCACUGUGUGGCCAGACUUUAUCUAUUCCCUUUGAAAUCAGGAACUUUUGAAAGCGUUGUUUAUAUGUAUUGUACAAAGUGUUCCAACAAUGUACAAAUGUCUUCACUGGAGAGGCUGAACAUUGGGUGUUCUAGGAACCACUUAAACCACAUGCUUUAGUCACUGAUAUGGAGUGUAAUGUUUCACAUGGUUAAAGAUGGAAAUAAUCUUACAAACUUUGUGAUGGAAAACUGCAAACGUCUGAAAACGUGUCUUUGGGAGAUUGUUUUUAUAUGCUGCCAAGGUGCAAUUCUGAGAUUGUUUUUAUAUGUUGCUAAAGUGCAAUUCAAUUAACAGAGAACAAACACCUUGUGGUACUGAGCAUAAUUAUGUUGCACAAACCUUUUCAUUGAAAAUCUAAUUUCCUAAUUAACAUGCAUGUACAGUGAGGGAAACAAGUAUUUGAUCCCCUGCUGAUUUUGUACGUUUGCCCACUGACAAAGAAAUGAUCAGUCUAUCAUUUUAAUGGUAGGUUUAUUUGAACAGUGAGAGACAGAAUAACAACAAAAAAAUCCAGAAAAACGAUGUCAAAAAUGUUAUAAAUUGAUUUGCAUUUUAAUGAGGGAAAUAAGUAUUUGACCCCCUCUCAAUCAGAAAGAUUUCUGGCUACCAGGUGUCUUUUAUACAGGUAACGAGCUGAGAUUAGGAGCACACUCUUAAAGGGAGUGCUCAUAAUCUCAGUUUGUUACCUGUAUAAAAGACACCUGUCCACAGAAGCAAUCAAUCAAUCAGAUUCCAAACUCUCAACCAUGGCCAAGACCAAAGAGCUCUCCAAGGAUGUCAGGGACAAGAUUGUAGACCUACACAAGGCUGGAAUAGGCUACAAGACCAUCGCAAAGCAGCUUGGUGAGAAGGUGACAACAGUUGGUGCGAUUAUUCGCAAAUGGAAGAAACACAAAAGAACUGUCAAUCUCCCUCGGCCUGUGGCUCCAUGCAAGAUCUCACCUCGUGGAGUUGCAAUGAUCAUGAGAACGGUGAGGAAUCAGCCCAGAACUACACGGGAUGAUUUUGUCAAUGAUCUCAAGGCAGCUGGGACCAUAGUCACCAAGAAAACAAUUGGUAACACACUACGCCGUGAAGGACUGAAAUCCUGCAGCGCCCGCAAGGUCCCCCUGCUCAAGAAAGCACGUAUACAUGCCCAUCUGAAGUUUGCCAUUGAACAUCUGAAUGAUUCAGAUGAGAACUGGGUGAAAGUGUUGUGGUCAGAUGAGACCAAAAUGGAGCUCUUUGGCAUCAACUCAACUCGCCGUGUUUGGAGAAGGAGUAAUGCUGCCUAUGAUCCCAAGAACACCAUCCCCACCGUCAAACAUGGAGGUGGAAAUAUUAUGCUUUGGGUGUGUUUUUCUGCUAAGGGGACAGGACAACUUCACCGCAUCAAAGGGACGAUGGAUGGGGCCAUGUACAGUCAAAUCUUGGGUGACAACCUCCUUCCCUCAACCAGGGCAUUGAAAAUGGGUCGUGGAUGGGUAUUCCAGCAUGACAAUGACCCAAAACACACGGCCAAGGCAACAAAGGAGUGGCUCAAGAAGAAGCACAUUAAGGUCCUGGAGUGGCCUAGCCAGUCUCCAGACCUUAAUCCCAUAGAAAAUCUUUGGAGGGAGCUGAAGGUUCGAGUUGCCAAACGUCAGCCUCGAAACCUUAAUGACUUGGAGAAGAUCUGCAAAGACGAGUGGAACAAAAUCCCUCCUGAGAUGUGUGCAAACCUGGUGGCCAACUACAAGAAACGUCUGACCUCUGUGAUUGCCAACAAGGGUUUUGCCACCAAGUACUAAGUCAUGUUUUGCAGAGGGGUCAAAUACUUAUUUCCCUCAUUAAAAUGCAAAUCAAUUUAUAACAUUUUUGACAUGCGUUUUUCUGGAUUUUUUGUUGUUGUUAUUCUGUCUCUCACUGUUCAAAUAAACCUACCAUUAAAAUUAUAGACUGAUUAUUUCUUUGUCAGUGGGCAAACGUAAAAAAUCAGCAGGGGAUCAAAUACUUUUUUCCCUCACUGUAUAAAGGCUUUACAGUUGAUGGAUAACAGGCGGCAGAGUUUUCAUGGAGUCCAUUUUGACAGGUGGACUGAAACAAUGUCUCUGUGUUGCUAGGGUUACCGGACAGGCUACACGUACCACCACCCCAUAGUGAGGGAAAAGAUCCGGACCAAAAACGAUGUGGAGAUUCCUGCCACGGUCUACACUGUCCCGUUGGCGGACAGUGAUCUGGGUCAGAGAAAACCCUUUAACGUCCUGGUACAGAAACAGCAGAGGGAGAGGACCCGCUGGCUCAACUCUCCCAACAGUUACCUGAAGGUCAAUGUGCCUGAACGUUCACCCAGCGGAGAGUGCAGCCCCAGGACCAAGACCAUGGUGAGCUGCUAUAAACCAGUGUACUUCAAUCUACCUUGUGUACCAGUAGACAUGCAGUAGUACCUCUAUUACUUCAACCUGACAAUCUUUGUUCCUAUAGCAGAGCUAAAAUAUUUGCUCAAACAUCAGGCUUUUAUGUAGGUUGCCAGAGCAGUUUUAAAUUUGUUGGUGAGCCUGCCCUCUUGUGGAAUCUUGUGUAACUGUAUGUAUGAAACACCAAUAUUUCUCUACAUAAAAUCUAGCAUACCCAAUGCACUUAUCAAAUGUGUUAAUGAGCUCCAGUCUGAAAUGUCUUUAUUAAACCAGUAUCUUUCCUUUUAGUGGAUGAAAUCUGAAGAGACCAGCAAUGGCACUGGCACCCCCAUAAAGAUCGAGGACCCCAACCAGUUUGUUCCCCUUAACACAAACCCCACUGAUGUUCUGGAGAAGAGGAACCGGGUGAGCUAGAACAUUGUGUUCUCUAAUCAUGUUCCUGAUUGAAAGUUCAGACAUCCUGACCAUUUGCUGCACACAUUGUAAAGGAGGUACUAUUGAACUCUCCUCCCAAGCAAAUUAGUAUUGAUUGCAGUGACCUAUAGGGUGCAACCUGUCUCCCUCUGGCAUGACAGCUGGGUGGACCAGAGAAUCAAUCAGUCAUAAAGCCUUUCUAUUCAUUUUAAUGGAGACCUUUGUGGUGUCACUGAAUCAUUUCAGAACAAAAAUAGGCUAGCUUUGUACUCCCCUUAGUCUAGGGACUAAUUUGGGUGUAGUAGAUAGUGCUAAUUGCCCAGAGAGUUAUGCCAAGGUCUUGAAAACAGAAGUUAGAAUAAUUUGUAAUGGAAAUCUGUUUAUUAGAUAAGGCAACAGAACACUGUUGAUCACAUGACUCCAGGACCAAAGUCCCAUCUUCUAGCUGGCAUCGUUGUGGACACCAUACCAGGACCAGUAAGUACUUGGAUCAACUUCACACCACACAACCCUAACAUUAUAUAGGUCGUUCCACGGAAUUAGUGCCUUUUGCGUCCCUUUGAUAUUUUAAGUAGAAAUUGUGCACCAAUAAAAUAAAUGUAAAAGCCUGUUAUAUUAAAUUAAGUGCCCUCUAAUAUAGACCACAUGGAGAAUUCAAUAAAUCAGAUUUAUGUUAUGACAAAAGACUUGCUAAAGUGCCAAAAUUCAGCAUUUUGACAUGUCCAUUUUGAUAUGUCCGUCAACCCUGUGUCACCUCUAGGAAGAUUUUAACCCCGUAAUUUCUCCCAAGUUUUCACCAUCAUUGUAAAGCCCUAGUUAUGUUGUUGCUUUGACAAGGUCAUUUCUGAAGAUUAUUAUUUAUUUCAUGUGAUCAGUGAUUCAUUUACAUCUGUCCCUCAUUAUAAAGUCAACCCUGUUACGUGAUCAAAAUUCUCUUUUUAAUAUGGUGAAACUAUUCCUUUUUUAAAUAUUUUUUUUCAAAAGAAACAUUGAACAUCAAAUAGUCAAUUCAUAGUGUAAAAGCAGAUGAGCUGGUUCUACUCUUUUUUGUGGUGGAAAACUGAGUGGGUCAAGCAUAACACGUCAACCUUGUCAUCCAUAGAUAGACAGGCUAGAAAUGUUUUUUUGUUGUGAAGCUUGCAUUCAAUUGCCCCUCCCUGUUGGUUUUAUGGCUGAUUUAAGAUGAAAUCGUAAACCCUGUUACAUUAUUUGGCACUUACUACAGUCGUGGUCAAAACUUUUGAGAAUGGCACAAGUUAUUGGUCUUCACAAAGUUUGCUGUUUCAGUGUUUUUAGAUAUUUUUGUCAGAUGUUACUAUGGUAUACUGAAGUAUAAUUACAAGCAUUCCAUAAGUGUCAAAGGCUUUUAUUGACAAUUACAUUAAGUUUAUGCAAAGAGUCAAUAUUUGCAGUGUUGACCCUUCUUUUUCAAGACCUCUGUAAUCUGCCCUGGCAUGCUGUCAAUUAACUUCUGGGCCACAUCCUGACUGAUGGCAGCCCAUUCUUGCAUAAUCAAUGCUUGGAAUUUGUCAGAAAUUGUGGGGUUUUGUUUGUCCAUCCGCCCCUUGAGGAUUGACCACAAGUUCUCAAUGGGAUUAAGGUCUGGGGAGUUUCCUGGCCAUGGACCCAAAAUGUCGAUGUUUUGUUCCCCGAGCCACUUAGUUAUCACUUUUGCCUUAUGGCAAGGUGCUCCAUCAUGCUGGAAAAGGCAUUGUUCAUCGCCAAACUGUUCUUGGAUGGUUGGGAGAAGUUGCUCUCGGAGGAUGUGUUGGUACCAUUCUUUAUUCAUGGCUGUGUUCUUAGGCAAAAUUGUGAGUGAGCCCACUCCCUUGGCUGAGAAGCAACCCCACACAUGAAUGGUCUCAGGAUGCUUUACUGUUGGCAUGACACAGGACUGAUGGUAGCGCUCACCUUGUCUUCUCCGGACAAGGUGUUUUCCGGAUUACCCCAAACAAUCGGAAACGGGAUUCAUCAGAGAAAAUGACUUUACCCCAGUCCUCAGCAGUCCAAUCCCUGUACCUUUUGCAGAAUAUCAGUCUGUCCCUGAUGUUUUUCCUGGAGAGAAGUGGCUUCCUCGUUGUCCUUCUUGACACCAGGCCAUCCUCCAAAAGUCUUCGCCUCACUGUGCGUGCAGAUGCACUCACACCUGCCUGCUGCCAUUCCUGAGCAAGCUCUGCACUGGUGGUGCCCCAAUACCGCAGCUGAAUCAACUUUAGGAGACGGUCCUGGCGCUUGCUGGACGUUCUUGGGCACCCUGAAGCCUUCUUCACAACAAUUUAACCUCUCUCCUUGACGUUCUUGAUGCAAUCUUACUAGCAGCAAUUUCCUUGCCUGUGAAGCCCUUUUUGUGCAAAGCAAUGAUGACGGCACGUGUUUCCUUGCAGGUACAGUGGGGGGAAAAAGUAUUUAGUCAGCCACCAAUUGUGCAAGUUCUCCCACUUAAGAAGAUGAGAGAGGCCUGUAAUUUUCAUCAUAGGUACACGUCAACUAUGACAGACAAAUUGAGAAAAGAAAAUCCAGAAAAUCACAUUGUAGGAUUUUUUAUGAAUUUAUUUGCAAAUUAUGGUGGAAAAUAAGUAUUUGGUCACCUACAAACAAGCAAGAUAUCUGGCUCUCACAGACCUGUAACUUCUUCUUUAAGAGGCUCCUCUGUCCUCCACUCGUUACCUGUAUUAAUGGCACCUGUUUGAACUUGUCAUCAGUAUAAAAGACACCUGUCCACAACCUCAAACAGUCACACUCCAAACUCCACUAUGGCCAAGACCAAAGAGCUGUCAAAGGACACCAGAAACAAAAUUGUAGACCUGCACCAGGCUGGGAAGACUGAAUCUGCAAUAGGUAAGCAGCUUGGUUUGAAGAAAUCAACUGUGGGAGCAAUUAUUAGGAAAUGGAAGACAUACAAGACCACUGAUAAUCUCCCUCGAUCUGGGGCUCCACGCAAGAUCUCACCCCGUGGGGUCAAAAUGAUCACAAGAACGGUGAGCAAAAAUCCCAGAACCACACGGGGGGACCUAGUGAAUGACCUGCAGAGAGCUGGGACCAAAGUAACAAAGCCUACCAUCAGUAACACACUACGCCGCCAGGGACUCAAAUCCUGCAGUGCCAGACGUGUCCCCCUGCUUAAGCCAGUACAUGUCCAGGCGUGUCUGAAGUUUGCUAGAGUGCAUUUGGAUUAUCCAGAAGAGGAUUGGGAGAAUGUCAUAUGGUCAGAUGAAACCAAAAUAUAACUCUUUGGUAAAAACUCAACUCGUCGUGUUUGGAGGACAAAGAAUGCUGAGUUGCAUCCAAAGAACACCAUACCUACUGUGAAGCAUGGGGGUGGAAACAUCAUGCUUUGGGGCUGUUUUUCUGCAAAGGGACCAGGACGACUGAUCCGUGUAAAGGAAAGAAUGAAUGGGGCCAUGUAUCGUGAGAUUUUGAGUGAAAACCUCCUUCCAUCAGCAAGGGCAUUGAAGAUGAAACGUGGCUGGGUCUUUCAGCAUGACAAUGAUCCCAAACACACCACCUGGGCAACGAAGGAGUGGCUUCGUAAGAAGCAUUUCAAGGUCCUGGAGUGGCCUAGCCAGUCUCCAGAUCUCAACCCCAUAGAAAAUCUUUGGAGGGAGUUGAAAGUCCGUGUUGCCCAGCGACAGCCCCAAAACAUCACUGCUCUAGAGGAGAUCUGCAUGGAGGAAUGGGCCAAAAUACCAGCAACAGUGUGUGAAAACCUUGUGAAGACUUACAGAAAACGUUUGACCUGUGUCAUUGCCAACAAAGUGUAUAUAACAAAGUAUUGAGAAACUUUUCUUAUUGACCAAAUACUUAUUUUCCACCAUAAUUUGCAAAUAAAUUCAUUACAAAUCCUACAAUCUGAUUUUCUGGAUUUUCUUUUCUCAUUUUGUCUGUCAUAGUUGACGUGUACCUAUGAUGAAAAUUACAGGCCUCUCUCAUCUUUUUAAGUGGGAGAACUUGCACAAUUGGUGGCUGACUAAAUACUUUUUUCCCCCACUGUAGCCAUGGUUAACAGAGGAAGAACAAUGAUUUCAAGCACCACCCUCCUUUUAAAACUUCCAGUCUGUUAUUCUAACUCAAUCAGCAUGACAGAGUGAUCUCCAGCCUUGUCCUCGUCAACACUCUCUCAUGUGUUAACGAGAGAAUCACUGACAUGAUGUCAGCUGGUCCUUUUGUGGCAGGGCUGAAAUGCAGUGGAAAUGUUUUUGGGGGACUAAGUUCAUUUUCAUGGCAAAGAGGGACUUUGCAAUUAAUUGCAAUUCAUCUGAUCACUCUUCAUAACAUUCUGGAGUAUAUUCAAAUUGCCAUCAUAAAAACUGAGGCAGCAGACUUUGUGAAAAUUAAUAUUUGUGUCAUUCUCAAAACUUUUGACCACGACUGUAUAGUCCGUUUUUAUAUAACCUGUUCAGAUGGGAAAACUUGUUUUUUAUAAAGUUGAACAUGUGCUCUUUAUGACAUAAUGUUAAAAUUAGGUUAAAUCUAUUUUUUUACACUUUUCACCUAAUUGGUGGAACGGCCCUAAUGGUGGAGAGUUCCAGGAUUGUCAUGAUCAGAAGACUAAUAUGGGACUUCAUUGGUCCAUCCUUAUAUUAUGUGUUCAGUGAAGUAGUUGGGUUGGAGCUCACUGGUAUGUAUGGGCCUUACCAAUGGUUGUAGGUUUAACUGCAUUUGUGGAGCUCAUUGGUCACUAAGCAGUAUGUCUAGCAGUUAAAAGUUUAACCCCAUUGUUAUGUACCUCUCUCCCCUCAGGCCUUUAUCAUUGAGGAUGAGGAGCUGACACGCUCUCUUCCUCCCAACCCCUUCAGUGAGCUGACAGAGAAGGUUCUAGAAGAGUAUAAGAGUGUUUUGGAGCGAAGGCAGCUGGGCCAGGAUGGUAUGAUUCUCCCCUAUCUCAUUACAAAUAUCAACACUGUCAUGAUGAAGAUAAUUUAAUUCCCACCUCUGUUAUCUACAGUAGUGCUGCUGUAUUUGUGUUGCUGAAUCUGUGAUGACUAGGGCCCAAAGUUCUACCUGGCCAGGUCACAUGGUCAGGAUAAAACUCCAGGCCCUAUUGAUAACCCUUGAACUUUGAACUUGCAGAUGCUGAUGAUGUCACAGACGCAGAUGAGAUGACAACUUUUGACGAGUCCACCAUCUCACUGUCCCUGUCUCCACUCAUGUCUCCAGUCAAAGGUAUAGUCUAUUUAAUAAGAAAGGAGCAAGACCAUUGUGUCCAAUAAAGUUUCCAUGAGAAGCUUAAUUCCUAAAUCAGGGCAUUCCUUCUCUUAAACAUUGAAUUGGUUAUAAUCCAUUGAGUUUUGGAAAGGGUGCACUACAGACAAACUUGUCAUCUUCAUACUUCCUGUAAAGGAGUAUUGUUUUUUGAAGUGUAUAAGUGCUUCAUGCACCAACUCUUCCUCACUGACUUGGUUUCUUCCUGUUAACAGAGAUCAUAUCCAAUGGGAAAGACUAUAUGGAAGAACUGGAGGAGAAACUGAACAUCAAGGUAUCCAAGAUCAGUGUCAGUGCCACAGAAACGGUUGAAAUCUCCAUAACAGAGAAAUCAGGGGGAGACAAGACCCCUGAGAGCCAAACCAAGUCCCCCAAGAAGAAGAAAAAGUUUCGCACUCCCUCCUUCCUAAAAAUGAAUAAAAAGAAGGAGAAGGCUGAGGCCUAG